UCCCCCACUUCCAUUCGGUCCUGAAGUCAGGUCACGUGAUAACCAGAAUCAAGAUGGCGCUGUUUUGGGCGCAGUGUCGCAACUGUCGCACCAGCAGCAGUAGUAAGUUUUAUAGUAAUAAUAACAACAACACUAAUUACUGUCAACCGAUGACCGGUUGUCUUUCCCAUGCAUUACCUCUAUUACCGUUGUUGUUUUAAUUGUUUGGAACCAAAAAGAAAAAAAAAAACGGAAAUUCAUUUUUAUUUACUAUUUUUGCUUGUGUUUGAAAGUGUAUAAUUAUCAGUCAUGGCGAAGUGGACUGCUACAAAUACCAACGAAAGAUAUGGAGUCGUGAUUUACAGCUAUCAUGGCACUGCAGAAAAGACUUUACCCCUCACUGUUGGACAAACUGUAUAUAUUGAAGAAGAAACAGAUGGGUGGUAUAAAGGUUACAAAAUUAAAAACAAACAUGAGAGGGGAAUAUUUCCAAAGACUUAUGUGUUCAUCAAAGAAGCCACACUUUCAGGAUGUCAAGAACUCAUUUACACAGGUGAACCACCAAUUGUUGCAGAGAUUACAAGUGUACUUCGAGAAUGGAGUAACAUAAUGUAUCAACUUUAUGAGAACUGUGAUGAAAAAUUUCUUGACAUCCGAAAUUCAGUACUAGAUUUAAUGGAAUGGCGGAGUAAGAUUUUAUCCCAAAAAAUGACUGUGGAUGAGUUACGUGAUUUGAAGCACAAAGCCACCUCUAAAAUCGAUUCUGGAAAUGUUUCCUUAAAGAUGGACCUUGUGGUGCGUGAUGAUGAAGGAAAUAUUAUUGAUCCUCAGAAAACCAGCACUGUAAAGAUUUAUCGUCAGCAUGUUCUUGCAGCUAAAAGAAUCCAAGAAAAUAGUCGAAAUUCCACUGAAGUAGAAGUGAAACCAUUAAUUCAACCAACAUUUGGAUUGUACGUGAUGUUGCGGAACUUUGUAUGUCGAAUUGGGGAAGAUGCAGAUCUGCUGAUGAAUCUCUACGAUGAACAAACAGGAAACUUUAUUAGUGAAAAUUAUGUUGUGAAAUGGGGUAAAGAAGGAAUGCCUAAAGAUAUAGAUAUGUUGAAUAAUUUCAGAGUUGUGUUCACAGAUCUUGGUUCCAAAGACAGACAACGAGAAAAAGUGUUCUUAUUAUUCCAGAUAGUUCGAAUUGGUACCAUGGAUCCUCGGGAUAUGGAUAACAAAAAACAAACUCAAGGCUUACGGCGACCUUUUGGUGUUGCUGCUAUGGAUGUUACUGCUUUCAUUCAAGGAGGCUCACUUGAGUGCAAUGAAGACACACAGCAUUUUAUUCAUGUCCAUAUGUGUGGUGAAAGAGAAUUUCUUGAAACUGUGAUAAAGAAAAUUACAAGUGGACGCGAAAGUGAUCAUAAAGGCCAAGGUGUGUGGGUUUCCAUUAAAGUGCUGGAAGGAGAUUCACAACAGAUCUGGGAUGAUUACCCACAUUUAGUUUUACCUGGGACAGCAAUAUCUCGUAAAAUUGGCUUUCCAGAGGUUAUCAUGCCAGUAGAAGGUGAUGUCCGGAAUGAAAUUUACAUUACAUUAAUGCAAGGCGAAUUUAACAAAGGCUCCAAGACAUCAGAGAAAAAUGUUGAGGUGACGAUCCAAGUUUGCAAUCAAAAAGGAGAGACACUUGAGAAUGUGAUAAGUGGCGGUGCUGGUGGUGAGAUGAUGUCAAGGUACAGUUCCUGUAUUUAUUAUCACGAAGACCGACCAAAAUGGUUUGAGACUGUGAAGGUUGCUAUUUCCACUGAAGAAGAAUUCCGAGGUCUUCAUCUGAAAUUCCUAUUUAAACAUCGUUCCUCAAGUGAAGGUAAAGACAAACUGGAGAAACCAUUUGCUAUGGCAUUCAUCAAACUAAUGAAUGAGGAUGGUACGACAUUAAAAGACACAAUCCAUGACUUGCUCAUCUAUAAAGCUGAAUCAAAAAAAGUUGAUAACUUCAAAGACUACUUUGAUUUCCCAUCUACACGGUAUGAGUUUGAAAAUUGUUCAAGCAAUUUUGUGAACAGCAGGUCCAGUUUACAAAGAGGUGGCCUUAUCAUCAGCACCAAAGAUUUUGUUCAGAUCAAAACAUAUGUAUGUUCAACAAAAUUAACACAUAAUGUAAAUCUCCUUGGUUUAUUAAAAUGGCAAGAAAUAUUAAAUGAUUCUGUUGCCUUAAAGAAGCAUCUAGAAGAGUUGAUGACUGUGGAUGGUGAAGAGAUUGUGAAGUUUUUACAAGAUCUGCUUGAUUCAUUAUUCAGUAUUUUAAUGCAAAACAACAAUUCAGAUACCUAUGAAAAUUUAGUGUUCACAUCUUUGACCCAUAUCAUCUCUCUAAUUUCUGAUCGAAAAUACCAGCAGUUCAGGCCUGUCCUUGAUACUUACAUUACAAUAACUUUCAGUUUUGCAAUGGCCUACAGUAAAUUAAUUGUUAUCUUGAAAGACUAUGUUGAUUCAGCAACUGAGUCCAAUCCUACACUUUUCAUUGCCAUGAAAUCCUUGGAGUAUAUCAUGAAAUUUAUAAUCCGAUCUCGCUUUCUCUUUUCUAUAAUCAAUGAUGAACGCGGCCGAGAACAGUUUGAGAUUAGUUUGAGACAGCUUUUUAUGUCUAUCAAUCAAAUGAUGGCUCACAAAGCUGACACUACUAUCCUAGUUCAAGGUGCUGCAUUGAAAUAUAUUACAGCCACAAUACCUGAUGUGAUUUCUGUAUUUAGUCCAACUGAACUCAGUAAACUAUUGGUGGCAUUCUUUGAUGCCAUACCACCGAAUCGGCUGUCCAAUCAAAAAAUGCAAAGUAUUAACAACCUGGUCCACAGUAAACUAUUUGAGGAUAGUGCGUGCCGACAUAUUCUUCUUCCUAUGAUCUUGACCCACACUUCUGAGCUGCUAAACAACAAACGAGAAAUGCCAGAAUGUGCCAAUGUUCUCAGUGAUAUCAUGGACAGUUUCUACUGUACAAGAAAUGUUGAUGAUUUGUCAAUAAUGAUCCAAAAGAUAUUCAGAACUGUGAUUCAAACAAUUAUUCAGAUGGAUUGGAAUCAAAGUCUUGUGGGCAACUAUGUUGCGAUAAUGAUGGCCAUUCUCAGUCAAAUGACUCAGCAUCACUACACUGUGUAUAUUAACAGCUUUGCAACACGUUUUGAUUUGCUUGAUUUCCUUACUGAAAUACUCAUGAUUCUACAACAUUUAAUAACUGAGAAUGUCUACAAGAAUGACUGGAAUGAGAUGAUUUUGCAUCAAAACAGCAUCAUUCUUCGAGCCUUGAGGUUUUUUGCCACAACAAUAAAAAGUAGCUUUUCUGAUCCAUUUGAAUAUGAGCUAUGGAAUGGAUUCUUCUUCUGUGCAGUAUCAUUUCUUACACAAAAGCCAUUGCAACUGGAGAAAUUCUCUCUUAAUAAAAGAAGUAAAAUUAUAGCCAGAUAUAAAGACAUGCGACGAGAGAUGGGGUUUGAAAUUCGAAGCAUGUGGUUCAAACUGGAUCAAAACAAACACCGGUUCAUUCCUGAUUUGGUUGGUAAAAUUUUGGAGAUGACACUUAUUCCUGAAACUAUUUUGAGGAAAGCCACUAUUCCAAUCUUCUUUGACAUGAUGCAGUGUGAGUUUCAGCAAAUCUCACCAGAUGGACGAAACUCUAAAAAUAAUUUUUCUGAGGUUGAAAACCAAAUAGUAACUCAGCUUGAUGUACUUGUUGAAGGUGGCUGUGGUGAUGAAGAAUACAUGGAACUUAUGUAUGAAAUCUUGAAAGAUUUAUUUGAAAAGCAUAAACAGAUGGCACAACAAGGAGAAGUAUUUGUUGAGAUGAUCCGUAAGCUACUACAACGGCUGUUACAGUAUAGAACAAUGAUCCAAGAUGAAGUUAAGGAUCAUAGAAUGAGUUGUAUUGUAAAUUUGUUGAAUUUUUAUCAUGAAAUUUGUCGUGAAGAACUAUAUGUUCGCUACCUGCAUAAACUGUGUGACCUGCAUUUAGACUGUGAUAAUUUUACUGAAGCUGCCUGUGCCCUCAAUUUGUAUGCUAAUAUGCUUGAAUGGUCUGAUAAAUCGGUUCCACCUGUACUCAUGAGUCAUCAGUACCCUGAAUACCAGACCCAAUUAACACUGAAAGAGAGGUUAUAUUAUGACAUGAUUGAUUACUUUGAGAGAGGCAAGAUGUGGGAAAAGGGAAUUGAACUGUGCAAAGAACUAGCAAAUCUCUAUGAAAAUGAACUCUUCGAUUAUGAACGCCUGAGUGAAUUACUGAAAAGGCAAGCUGAUCUAUAUGUUCAGAUCAUGAAAACAUUGAGAUAUGCCUCAGAAUAUUUUCGUGUUGCUUAUUAUGGCAGAGGUUUUCCAUCUUUUCUUCAGAACCAAGUAUACAUUUACCGAGGGAAAGAAUAUGAAAGGCUUACAGACUUCAGUGCUCGUUUGCUAACAAUGUUUCCAUAUGCCGAAAAACUGACCACUUUAUCCACUCCAGGAGAUGAUAUUAAAUUAUCUCCCAAACAGUACCUGCAGAUUAAUGCAGUUACACCAUGUUUAGAUCUGAAGAGUCAAUUCAAGAACAAGACAGUGAGUGAAUCAAUAUUAAGCUACUAUAUGGUCAAUGAAGUCCAAAAGUUUACCUAUUCUCGACGAAUGGAUGACAAUGUCAAAGACGUGAAGGACAUGUGGUUGGAACGCACAAUUUUAGUUAUAUCCCAUCCACUUCCAGGGAUUCUUCGCUGGUUUCCUGUUGUCUCUACUGAAGUGGUUGAAGUUAGUCCACUUGAAACCGCUAUUGAAACGCUAGAAACAACAAAUAAGAAACUUCAAGGACUAAUAGGCCAGCAUAACAAAGAUCCUAGUUUGAGGGUUGACCAGCUUACUAUGUUAUUGAGUGGAGUUGUUGAUCCUGCAGUUAACAAGGGUAUUCUCAACUACAAAGAGUUUUAUUCCACUGAAUUCCUAAUGAACCAUGAAAAUGACAAAAAUACUGUUGAUAUGAUUUCCAGGCUGAAGAGUUUAACUUUGGAGCAGGGUGCUUUGUUGAGAGAUGCCCUUCAGGUACACAAACGACUUUCUCCUGAAAGAAUAAAACCUUUACAUGCUCAUAUGGAGCAUCGGUUUGCUGAACUGUGUGAUUGCAUUGAACAGGAAUGUGGUUUGCGGAUUGCAGAGAAAGAUAUCACCAAUGCCAUGAGAAGAAAUCAAUCUUCCUUAUCAAUGUCCUCUUCUCCAAGAUACAGUAGUAGUUCAAUAGCAGCUAUAGCUGAGACAGGUUCACAUACUUUAAACCACAUACCUUCUCCAACUACCAAAAGUAACACUGCUCUCCGGUCGCGUUCGAUUUCCUGCGCUUCAGUAGCCGGUGUCGUAGCAGAAUGUGCAAAUGGUUUCCCAUUAAAAAGCAAAAACAGGCGCACAUCUCAACUACCUGAUGCCACUAACAGUGCAUCAAGUAGCCAACGUAAUUCUGUGGAGCAGCGCUUAGAGCUUAAUGAGCAGCUAACACCUAAACGCCCUCUACGACCCGACUCUGAACGCAGAAAUAGCCGACCAGCGAGCAGCCAGUUCCAUUCUGAUCAAACUCUCUCAGUUUUUCACGCCAGUGCUUCAAGCCUUUGUUCUAACGUCUCAAAUACGUUAGAAACACCCGAAUCAACCAGCGAUGAUUCUGAUUUCUAUGGCGAACCACCGCCGCUCCCGGAAAAGUUAACAUUUGCUGACUACACAAAUACUAUGGGAGAGGACUCACAAAUCGUUUCCCAUCGUCUAAUCACUACAGUUGGACCUAAGAACAAACCACCUCCUCCAAUCCCAGUUGAAGAAGAAAUACCACCUGUACCUAGAAAGCCACCACUUCCACGAUAACAUCAACAGACUUGCUCAAAGAUUCAUGACUGUGCUCUCAUCAUUUUUCAAGCAACAACAUUGUUUGUUUUUACUGCACUUGCCAGCAAGUGAAUUAGAGGAGAAGAGAUUACUCUGGCAGUGCCAGAUUUACACUAAAUUACUCUUGAGUCUAAAUGAAAUCUACAAAGCUAGACUGGAAGAAAAUCUCAUGAAAUUAAAAUGUUAUGGCAAUAUUUUUCCCCUCCAUAACAUCAAAACAUAAACCCAUGCACAUUUCACAUUUAUUUUUUUUCCUUUAUGCAUUUAAGUUUUUAUAAUUUCCUCUUCAAAUUUUAUCUAUAAAACUAAACAGAAAUAAUCUUUUGGGAGGAACGAACAUAUUUCAACUAUCUCUUGAACAAAUUUUAUAUAAAUUUAAUUUUUUUUUUUCCCUGUUCAACAGUUGGAAGUUACCUCCAUCUCUAUAUGUUGACAUUUUGGAGUAUUCCUCACUCCAUCUAAUAACAACACUAUUCAACGCUGGUUAUUUUCCUCCUUCCCCUACCUUAUUGAUAUCCUUGCCAGGGAUAUAACUCAACUGCUGGCAGCUGGCAAAUAGAUUUUGCUGUACGAAGACUAUUUUUAACAUUUUUAUUUUAAUCAUUUAUUUUUUAAAUGUCCAUCAAAGACAAUUUUACUCAUUCGUUGUGAUGGAAUUCGAUUCAUAUUUUCUAUUAGUUAUCCAUAUGUCCUGGAUAUUUUUAACAUUUAUAACUCUUAAGUAAUCAGUUUUAAGUAAAUCAAAUUGCACAUAAGUACAUCUGUAUUAUACUUAGAUCUGACUACUCAAUGUGCAUUUGUAUCCUGUGAGUUACAAGAAAUUCUUUUUUUAUGAGGUUCCCUCAAGGAAAAUAUUCUAGACAUAAAGUUAUAUAUCCUUCUCUUUUUAUCUGAAAAAUAUUCUAUAUUGAUUACUUUUCACUGAAAGUAACUAAGCAUAUAUACAUUCUUGGAAGUGCAUCUUUUCUGCCUUCAUUACACUUCCAUGUAUCAUAGUUGUGAAAUACAUUACAGUCUUUGUGAACACAUGACUGUAUAUUUGUUGAGUGCUGUUCAUGUUUACUUGUUAUGUAAUCGAAACAUAUGAAAGAAUUCUAUGAAUGAAAGGUUGAGCCGAGAAUCUCAUAUCUGAAUAUAAACACAAUUAAAACUGCUGUUUCCUCAUUCACACAUACACAAAUCACACAACCCCAUCCCCCCACUUAAAUGAUUAGCUAGGUACACAUAGACACACAAAUGCAACAACACUGGUUCAAAUUCUCUGUUUUACUGUGUGAAUAUUUAUAUGAAAUAUAACAUUAUUUAUGAUUUCACUGUUUAUUUUGAACAAUAGAUGUCAGGUGCUAAAUGAAUCACAAAAUACUGCUUUAAACUUUCUAAUUUAAGACUAUGAAAAUUGUUAGUAACCUGAAGAUUUUGGACAGUUUUUCUGUUUUCUUUCUUUAUACUUAAAAGGAUUUUUUUUGCAUCUUUUUUGAUUCUUCACUGAAAUACAUAAUUUACUGAAUUAAGUUAUUCAAAUCUACAACUACUAAUUUAUAUAUAUAAUAUACACACACACAUAUAUGCACACAUAGCCUUUUGUAUUCAUUUCUGUUAUUAUUGUUUUGUAAUAUAUGUGAAAAUCCUUCAUCAUACAUCUUUUAUCUUGUCACUGAUUGAAGCAGAUUACCAAUAAAUAUGUCAGAGUACAGCAAAAUACUUUCCACGUUUAAGGGUUUUUACUGUCAUCACAAAACAAUAAUAUAGCUGAAGUGAAUCUAGCAGCAAGCAAUUUUAAUGAAUCAAGGCUUUAGUAUGAUGCAAUUACUUUAAUAUUAACACACAAUUCCAAAUGAAAUCACGAACCAAGCAAGUGUAACCAAGAAGUACACAUCAUCAUCACCAUCAUCAUAAUUUUAUGCCCAUUUUACCAAACUGGAUAUAAGUCUGUAUUGUACGUGUGUGUGUGUGAUCGCAUAAAACAGAAGCUGUAACAAUAUUUUUAAAGAUUAAAGAUCUUAAUUCAUUCUUACUCAGUAUUUCAGUUUAGCAGAUCAUAAUUAUGAAAUGAAACUGAGCAAUUAAGCAGGUUUUUAAAUUCAUAUAUAUAUAUAUAUAUAAUUUCAUUUGGGUGUUGACCCUUGAGUUUACCCUAUUAUCCAUGGGUCCAAGUUAUCAGACAGACAGUAAUGCAGAGAUUGUUUGUUUUAUCAAAAACAUUCUUAAAAAUCCACACAUAUCCAGAGAUUUUACAAUUAUAAACAAAGAGAGGCAAGUCCUUUUAUUACAUUAAUUUGCACAAUUGUUUCAUCUGAAUUCAAUCUCAUGAAUAUUGCUAUAUUUGCAAAUAACUUUAUGCAUAAUAUAACAAUAUUCAUGAGAUCAAUUUCUGAUGGAACAAUUGCAAAUUAAUGUAAUAAAAGGAUUAGCUCAUUCCAUUUUCCUUGUUUGUACAUACAGACAUUCAAAUAUAUAUAUAGACACACACACACACACAUAUUUGUGUAGAAUAAAAACUGUCUUGAGGUAAAUUUUAGAUAUAUUAUUGUGGGUAGAAUUUUGUAGCUUAAUUUGAGAGAGGAAAACUACAGGUCUCCUGGUUUUACUAGUAAGAAACAAAUAUGCUUUGUGAUUUCUGUAAGUUAGCACAUGAUUAUUUUUUCAGAUCUCAAAUUGUUGUUUACAAAUAUAUUUUUUAAUGUUAUAAUUGUAGCUAACCAUUAUAUUAAAUAAAAAUAGACAUUAUGUAUAGUCUAUUUUUAUUUCCAAAUCAAGCAAGCUUAGUAGGCUUCUAAGUUUUUAGUUAACAUUAAGUCAGUGUAAGUCUGAAAAAAUUAAGGUAUUUUCUUGUAAAUUUUUUUUCAUACCUCUAGAAAUUUUAGAAUAAUUUUUUUAAUCCCAUAUAUCUUCAUCUCUAGAUUCACCUAUGAUUAACGGUUCUAAUAAAAAAUUUUGCUUUGAGAAGCUAUGUCUUCAUCAAGACAGAAUGCUAGCAAUUCUGUCAAGGUGGUUUCUUAACUAAGGAAGUUGAGGUUGGAUUGCAAUGUUCAGCUGCUAAACACUGUCAAAAUUGUUAUUACCUAUCUACACAAACACACACCUGUGGCACAUGCAUCAUCAUUCUCAGAGAGCUGAAAGAUUAAAAUGACUGUUGUGAAAUUGGAACCACAGAAACAGACCCUAAAUUAAGUAAUGGGAUCAACAUAAUUGACUAUAUCCCUGAAAGUAAUGCUCCAGCUUGGCAGGAUCCUGAUAAAUAAAGUCAGUAAAAGAAUACAUUCAUUUGUUAUCAGGAUUAGCUUGAACAAAGAUAUUUCUGCUGUUUGCAGAAUGAUAAAGUUAAAACUGCAUACACAAGACCUUACCUGAUGUGUUUUUGAUAUGUAGACUGCUUCCCUGACAUAGUUUACCUCAGCCAUAUUGUUGAUAUACAUAACCAGUAUCACUACAUUCCUUCUAUACAUAGAUUACUCUAAAUCUUGCCACUUCAAUAUAAUAUGCUUUGGUGCAGAGGUCUAAUAAGUUUGAAACGUAUUUGUUGUUUUCAUAGUUUACUUUAAAGACAUGAUCCAUUCCGAUGUGCAUUGUCUUUAAUUAUCAAAACAUUUAUCUCCCUUAUUUUCAAGAUUUUUAAGCAUUCCUAGAUUUUGUCUAUUGACUGCUUGAAUGAAUUCAGUUGAAAUUUUGUAACUCACUAUAUUAUAUGGGAGACCCCACUAAAUUAGUACAUGAUUGUAUAUAGCCAAAGAAUUUUGGCAGAUCUUGAAACAAUAGCGAUUUUUUAUUGAUACUUUUAGCUAAAGCUAUAUGUCUCAAUGUGUGCUUGACUCCAGUAACUUACUUGGUUGUAGGCAAACCGUUUUCACAUUGUAGUGUCUCUAGGCAAGUUAGUGUAGUGAAACCCAUCUCGUUUUCCCUCCCCACUGUUCAAAUAAACUUAUAGUCACUGUAGUUAUAGAAGUUCAUCAUUGCAAGUUUAAAAAAAUACUUAGCAGUUAAACAUUGCUUGCAUUAUUUAAUAACAUAAAAUUAGCUGUACUACUUCAUAGAAUCUAUUUUGGAGUAAUUGACUUUCGUAAUAUUUUAUUUUUAUAUCUUCCAUUAGUGAACAAUAGCAUUGUUAGUUAUAGGUUUCUAAUGAGCCAAUCAUUGGUUCACUAUACAGUGUUUUGGUGAAUGUCAUGUGGAAUAGCUUCCUUAUUUCCUUAACCACUUACUACUUUUUUUUAAAGAUAUAGUUAUGUUCUGUGAACCUUUUAUUGCCAAAUUUCCCGAAACAAAUGCAAAAAGAUGAUUCAGUUUUUGAAUCAAUAAGCAAUCAAGUGGCUGAAUGGUCUAAGAGGUUUGCUUCACAAGCAUAUGGUCCUCAGUUCAAUCCCACUGUGUAGCACUUUGAGCAAGUGUCUUUUACUAUUGUCUUGGAUCAGCCCAAGCUUUGUAAAUGAUUUUGGGUAAAUUGAAACUGUCUGAUGGACUGUACUUGUAAUUUAAAAUGGCAGCUUUCUCACUCACUGUACUAUGCUGAUUCUGGCUCAGUUACCUUAAAAGAAAGUACAAAUGUGUCUGGAAUAUUCAGCCACUUAAACUAUGUAUCUUUUGUUUUUCCCUGUCAUCCACAAACAUAUUUUGUCUAGCGUUUUCAUGCAAAUCUAUGAUUAAAGACAUUCCAGCCAUGACCAUCCCAUCUUUUCAAACAUUGUUUAUCUUAUAUGUCAUUUUCUACUAUGUUCUUCCUUUUUCUAAGGAUAGUAGAGUGUGAUCCAAAAGAGAUUUAACUGCUAUUUCUUGUUUGUCAAGCAACCACAAACAUGCUUUCUCACUGACUUUGAUGGUGAUGAUCUAGUAAAAUAGAAAUAUUUAAUGUAAUCAAUGUGAAGUUUGGCUAAACAUAGGAAUUUUAAUAAAUUGAAUUUUUUUGACAUCCAU